AUGCUGCUGCCGCUGCUGCAGGUCGGGCUCCUGCUGCCCGCUGCGCUGGUGGCCGCUCCGGGGGCUGGGGCGCUGCGGGAGCUGGAGGCCGGCCUGGACCCUGCGGCCCUGGAGGCGGCUCGCUUCGCCCUGGAGAGCUACAGCCGGGCAGCGGAGCAGCGCGGGGGGCCGGCCCGGCUGGGGGCUAUCCGGCGGGCGCAGGCCCAGGUGGUGAAUGGGAUCAAGUACUAUCUGGAUGUGACCCUGCUGAAGUCACCGUGUAGCCAGCACCGAUUCACAAACCAGGAUGCUGCUAUCUGUGAAAAUUCAGUGGAGCCGGAGCAAAUAUCUUGUCACUUUGAGGUCUGGAGUCAGCCCUGGAUGAACAGACAGAAGCUGGUGAAGCAGGAGUGUCGUCCAGCUGAGCCAUCAGAGAAGGUCCAAAGCGUGGCAUCCCUGGAGCCAGAGGAGCUGGCUCAUGCCAAGACACCAGAAGAGCCAGUUAGCUUGGAGGCCCUUUCCCAGAAUGCCUCCGUCCAUCUGAUCUCGUUGUUCAAAGACUUCCUGACCACCUACAAGAAGAGCUACAAGGAUGAAAGAGAAGCCGAGAGGCGUUUGCAGAUCUUCGCGGAGAACCUGGAAAAGGCUCGGACGAUCCAGGAGCUGGACCAGGGCACGGCCGAGUAUGGAGUCACCAAGUUCAGUGACCUGACGGAGGAGGAAUUUCGCUCCCUGUACCUGAAUCCGCUGCUGGCUAAACUCCCGGCCCGGCCCAUGAAACCGGCUGCCAUCCCCAGCGACCCGCCUCCUGCCGAAUGGGACUGGCGGGAGCAUGGAGCUGUCACUGAUGUCAAGGACCAGGGUAUGUGCGGCUCCUGCUGGGCUUUCUCUGUCACCGGCAAUGUGGAAGGACAGUGGUUCCUGCGCCGGGGGUCUCUUGUCUCGCUGUCGGAGCAGGAGCUGGUGGACUGCGAUGGACUGGACCAUGCCUGCAGAGGAGGGCUGCCUUCCAAUGCAUACGAGGCCAUUGAGCAGCUAGGUGGCCUGGAGACAGAGGGUGAUUAUAGCUACGAGGGCCACAAGCAGAGCUGCAGCUUCUCCACCACCAAGGUGGCCGUCUACAUCAACAGCUCUGUGGAGAUCUCCCGCGACGAGACCGAGAUCGCGGCGUGGCUGGCGAAGAACGGACCCAUCUCCAUCGCACUCAAUGCUUUCGCCAUGCAGUUCUACAGGAGGGGGGUCUCCCACCCCUUCAGGCUCUUUUGCAACCCCUGGAUGAUUGAUCACGCCGUGCUGCUGGUGGGGUAUGGGACACGUGACCGCACCCCCUUCUGGGCCAUCAAAAACAGCUGGGGCAAGAACUGGGGCGAGCAGGGCUACUACUACCUGUACCGGGGCAGCAGAGCCUGCGGGAUGAACACCAUGUGCAGCUCAGCUGUGGUGGACUAG